AUCGAGUAAAAAAAAGCCCAGAAGACAACUGUUGGAGCUCCAUUGCUCGGACGGGAGUGCCAAGGACAUCUCCUCCGCCGCCAACCACCAUCUCUUCCGCCGCAUUCUUUAGCUUUCCGGCAGUCUCUGCCGCAUCCGCGCCCUCCGCGGCGGAGGCACACCACCUCCUCGUCUUUGUUUACUUGUUAGAAGAAAAUGGGAUGCGCAGCUUCGAAGCUGCAUAACGACGAAACCGUGCGGCGGUGCAGGGAGCGGCGGCGCUUGAUGAAGGAGGCCGUCUAUGCUCGGCACCACCUCGCCUCUGCUCAUUCUGAUUACUGCCGCUCCCUCCGGCUCACUGGUUCCGCCCUCAUGACUUUCGCCUCCGGCGAAUCUCUCGCCGUCUCCGACCAGUCCCCUGCUGUGGUUCUCCGUACUCCCUCGGCAUCCAACUUCAAAACGCCUCUUCCGCCGCCUCCGAUUAAGAUCCACCAACCACCUCCGUCCAUUCGUACUCCUCAGCCGCGUCAAUUCUCUUAUUCAGAUUCUCCCACCAUCGCCUCCUCCAAACUUCCUCACAUCCUCUCCGCCGCCCCAUCCGUCUCCUCCCAGCGCCAACACCGCCGCCAACCACCACACCCGCUAAACCCCGUCAAACUCCCUCACAUCCUUUCAGAGUCAAGCCUCGCGUCCACCCCCAAAGCUCACAAUCCAUUCGAGAAACGCAAUUACACGUACAACGCGAAAGGCAAUUCAACCUAUUCUCGAACUCCUUCGCAAGCCUCAUCCGUUUGGAACUGGGAAAAUUUCUACCCUCCUUCACCCCCAAGUUCAGAGUACUUCGAACAGCUUCAGAAGAACAACAAUGAUGAUGGGUUUGAUGCUGAUAGGUCAUCUUCUCAUUCUCAGUACUCACAAGGAGUUUCUAACAAGGAUUAUCAUCACAAACGAUUUGAAUUUUUACAUACCCAGAGCACUGAGGACGAGAAGGCUUCUAAUUAUUCAUCACACUCUCACUACUCGAAUGGGAAAUUUCGGGCUCACAAUCCGGUUCUAUCAAGGGAACAUAUAGAGCAUGGCCAGCACCAUCACCAACACACUAAUUGGGAUAGCGAAGCAGAGAGGGAAGUAGUAGAGUGCAGCGAGUGGGAUGACCAUGAUCACUAUAGUACUACGAGCUCGUCCGACAUUGAGGAAGAAGAGAAAGAGGAUUUGAGAUCUGAGAUUGGGGAAAAACGGUCAAAUUUUGGGUGCAAACCUGCAAAGAAUGAGGCUUCUCCUGCCCAGAUGAGGUGGAACUCAAUCAAUGGGUCUGCCAGGAAAUGUGAAACAGACGAUGGAAGGUCCUCCUCAAUGAGCUGGGGCUAUGAGACUGCCAAAGGGGAAAUGAUCUCUGAUACAAGAAUAGUUGUAAGGCACAAGGAUCUUGCUGAGAUUGUGGCUGCCAUCAAAGAGUACUUUGACAAUGCUGCUUCUGCCGGAGAGCAGGCAUCUGAGAUGCUGGAGACAGGCCGUGCACAAUUGGACCAAAGCUUUAGGCAGUUGAAGAAGACAAUUUACCAUUCAAGUGGUGUUCUGAGCAACUUGAGUUCAAGCUGGAGCUCAAAGCCUCCACUGGCAGUCAAGUACAAGUUUGAGCCCAGUUCAAUCAUGGGAGUGGACGGUUCUAAGAGUCUUUGUUCCACAUUGGAACGACUAUUGGCUUGGGAAAAGAAACUUUAUCAGGAGGUCAAGGGAGGUCUUCCGUUCUAAUUCUCGCUGCAAUUUGUGCCUAACAAUGAUAAAACCUUUUCAGGAAUAGACAGGUUGGGCAUAUGGGUUGAUCAAGUUACGUAAUGGGUACUUCUUUUGCAGCAUAUAAUUUGUAGAAGAUAUCCUUCGGAACCUUUAACUUUCCUCUGCCAUCUUCGUUUUCCCUUUUGUGAGAUAGUUUCCUCUUGUUGCAAUUUUAGUGAGUUGAAUAAAUGACGAGUUCCUCAGGAAAGCAUUUACAGCACUUUCCCUUGGGUACUCCUUAUACUCCCUCCGUCCAAAAAAAAGGUUCUUAGUUUGACUUGGCAUAAAGUUUAAGGAAAGUGAAAAUGUGUGGUUGGAAGUGAUGCACACGAGAGAGAAAGAUUGUGAGCCACUCAAAAUUUUCCAAAAAAGGAAAGAGGAGGCUUUCUUUGGGAUGUCCCAAAAAAGAAAUAAGGUUUUUUUUU